GAGGGUGUUGUGUCACUCUUCCUACCCAUACAAAAUCUGAGAACCAUAAAGCAAGUUCACUCAGACCUUCUUAAGGGAACUUGAUUAGAAGAGGAGCAUUCUAUCACACAGUAGUCACAACAGAGAACAUGUUGCUGCUGAAUAAGAUUUCUGCAUGGAUCUCUGCUUUCACACUGCUUCUGUGGACUCAACACCCUGUCUGCACAUCUGCGGUCAUGGCCUGUGAAUUGUCUGUGGAUCCACCUGCCAAUAUUGAGAUAACAGAUCCUGGUCACCUGGGUCACCUUAUUAUCCACUGGACUCAAUCAGUCAGCCUACAGAACCUUACAGACUGCACAGUACGAUACCAACUCCGAUACUAUGACACCUAUGAGGAACGGUGGAGGAGUGUCCGAACUCUCAAGCUGAACUAUACUGCCCAGUUUGACCUUGAGAAGCCAGUCAAAGUGAGAAUGCUCACUCUAUUAAAGUGCACCUGCACCAAUGGGACAGAGGUCCAAGGGGAGGAGACAGAGAGGGUGUACACACCUGAACUUCCAGGUGUGGAAGGAUCAAGAAUAAGAGACUUUCACUGUGUUUUCUAUGGUAAUGAGUACAUGGACUGCACCUGGGAGUCAGGACCUGCCCAGCCUCCAAAUUCACAGCUCCACCUCUAUUACUGGCACAGUGAAAUGGAUGAAACAAUGGAAUGUCCAGAAUACAUUGUGAUAUCUGAAGUUCGGAGAGGAUGCAGGUUUCCUAGAGAAUCUCUCAUAGAAUUCACAAAGUUUAAUGUGUGUGUAAAUGGAUCCUCUCCAGCUGGAAUUCUAAGAACAGCCUUUUUCUCUUUGGAGGUCCAAAACCAUGUGAAACCAGAAGUGGUCUCCUCUCUCCAAGUCUCAGAAAUUGAAAGGCUGGUGAAGUUAGAUUGGGUGCCACCCAGUGGCCUGGUGCCAGAACACUGUUUGGAAUAUGAGGUGGAAAGCAUCACUAUAAUGGCAGAUGGCACCGAUCACCAGCAGAGGAAAGUUCUUGAGAAUACGUCUUUUGACUUCCUGAGGGAGGGAGAAUGUAAGAAAAUCUGCUUUCGGGUCAGGUCAAAGGUGAACAUUUAUUGUGCAGAUGCAGGAUUCUGGAGCGACUGGAGCCAAACAAAGUGCACAGCUUCAGAAGAGAUGUACAUUCCUGCAUGGGAUCAUCUCACUCUGGUGGGCCUCCUGGUUAUCGGCAUUGUUUUAGUCCUUGUCCUCUGUCUUUCAUUAUGGAUAUUAAGGAAGAUCUUCAUGAAAAAGACUAGCAAGAAAGGUGCUCUCUACACAUUAUACAAGCAAAAAGUCAACGAGAGCAUGCCAACAAUCCUGAGUCCCAUUUUCUAGUGAUCCUCACUGGAACCAUCUACACUGUAUUAUCAUUCACCUGUUCUAGACGGCACUGAAAGCCCAAAACUCACAAAGGGGAGUGACAUUUCAAAGACAUUGCAGAGUUUACAUAGACCAAUAGUGUUAUGGAUAAACAAUGGUGGGCACUUAAAAGCACCACAGCAUUGAACUGAAUGUAUUAAUCACUAUGUUUACCAAACCACUUUACUACUACCUGUUGUGUUUACAUACACACUGUAUGUGACACUUAAAGUUACUCAUUGAUUUUUCAAAUGCCAGUGAUCUUGCCAAUUUUGCAUUUCCUUUAUUUUACUUAUUUACUGUUUUUCUAACUGGAUGUAUGACCUUUUCAUUAUUUGAGAUUAUUUUACUGCAGAUCACAAUGAAGAUAUCAAUUUAAAGAAUGUGUUCAUAGACUAUUUAGCCAGAGACAGAGCACUUCCAAGUGACAUCCCGUGUGAAUGUGCCAUAGCGCUUACAUCACUGAUGCGUUGACUGCUGGAAGGAAGCGAUUUAUUUUUAAGUUGAUAAAGUUUUAAUUAUUGAUUUGCUUCUUACACCAACCUAUCAUUUUGCUUCAGAAGACAUUAAUUGUUCGACUGGAGUCAUGUGGAUUACUUUUAAGCUGCCUAAAUAUGCUUUUUGCACCGUCAAAUAGCCAGCAGCCUGAUGGCACCCGUUUACUUACAUUAUAAGGACCUACAGCGCUUUAACAUUUUUCUAAAAACCUUAAUUUGUGUUCUGCUGACUAAAGGCAGGCAUACACAUCUGGGAUGGCAUCAGGGUAAGUGAAUACUGAGAGAAUUUUCAUUUUUGGGUGGACUAAUCCUUUAACUACCUUGACAAAUUGCCUUGACAAAUCAUUUUCCAUUACAUAAACCCUCAUCCUACUAACAUAUUUAACAUACAAGGACUACCGACUGAGAAUAAACUACUGUAAUAAACAACCAUUA